AUGAUCAAUCAAACAAACAACUCAAAACCAACCAAAAGCUCACUUGAAUUCCAAGAAAAGCUAGCUUUAGAUCAGAAUUCCCAAGCUGGGAUACCAGAACAUGGGGAAAUUCAGGCUGGACAAAGGGGAGGAGCCCUUCCUGUCCAAGAACUUCAGGCCCUAAUCUGGCCACAAGGCCCUAUACUAGGACAGAUUCAGCAGAAUCGGCCAGAGCCUCAGCCUAUUCCCCAACCCGUGGCCCCACAGGAUCAGCCUUUGGCACUUCUGCCUGAACCACCAAUAGUGUUGCCCUACAGACCCAGAAGGAUGGAUCCCAAUCCAUUCCCUUCACCUGUAAGAGGAAGGAGAGGCAGAGGGGGAAACUACCCUUUUGCUAACAAUGACAGGAACAGGCCGGGGGCAAAUUGGAGGAAUCACCCAGAUCUGGAAGAACAGGAAGAAAACAGGGAAGAAGUUCUGCCCAUGGCAUAUAAGGCGGAACCCAGGAUUGACUACGCCCAACCAGAACAGGGGCAAAUCUCCUCCCUAUCAAUGCUUUAA